GUCUCCGGUCCACAGCACGGGUUGGAGCCGGACCAGUGUUACCCAAGCGAUGGUCCGCUGCUCCUGGUUUGCGGUUCCGACCCGUGAAACCAUCGAUCCCCCAAUACAUCGAAAGAAAAAAAAAAAAGGCGGCGGCGGCUGUAGCGGACGGUUCCGGCGGCAGCAGCGGCGACCGGCAGCGACGGCGGACGGACAGCUGCUAUGGAGGACGACUGCGGCGGACGAAGAUGCAGCGCGACAGCCUCGCUCGAGGCCUCGAGGUGGAGGCUGCGCUCGCGGCCGAGGUGGCGUGGGAUCUGGGGGAAGCCGUUGCCUCUAUGGCUGGUGACUCCUUGGACAUGGAUGUGGACUCGCCACCGCAUCUUCCCAUGGAGACCUCUGCUAACAAGGUUAUACUGGAUGGUGAAGAACAUUCUUUGGAAGUACCUGCUGCUGCAAAUCCCCUAGAAGAUAGCAGUGAGAGAAUGAAUAGGUUAACUGUUAUGCAGAAAAGGUUAUUGGAAGCAAAGAAGCGAAAGAGAUUAAUUUCAUCAGUUCACAAAUCAAAUUUUGUACAUUUGGAUACUCAGUUAACUAGCUCUCCCAGUCAGACCUCUCCAGUUCAUAAAAGAAGCAAAAGAGUUGGUUUGAAAAAAUCACUGGUUUGGCAGCAUUUUGAUACGGGAUUGAGAGGUCAAAAUCCUGUUGCAGUGUGCAAAUAUUGUAAACAAGUAUAUGCAUGUGAUAGAUCCACUCAUGGAACGAGCACCUUAUGGUACCAUCUAAGAUCCUUAUGCCCAGAAGAGCCACUCAAGGGUCAGGACAUGCAAAGGAAAGGCCAAGGGACACCCAAGCAAUCUUACAGUAUUGAAGACUACCGCAAAGCGCUCGCUGAGAUGGUUAUAAUUGAUGAGAUGCCUUUUAGAUCUGUUGAAGGUGAAGGAUUUAGAAGGUAUUCCAAAGUGCUACAGCCAAGGUUUGAACCACCUUCUAGAAUCACAGUAGCAAGGGAUUGCAUGCAAUGAUAUAUUGAAGAAAAGCCCAAACUGAAGGAGAAUUUGAAGAAUCAUUGAAUGUGCCUAACAACAGAUACUUGGACCUCAAAGCAAAACUUAAACUAUAUGAGUCUAACAGCCCAUUGGAUUGAUGAUCACUGGAAGCUUCAGAAAAGGAUCCUUAAUUUCUGUUCAGUUGCAGAUCACAAGGGGGAGACGCUUGGAAAACGGGUUGAAGAAUGUUUGCUAGAGUGGGGUAUUGAUCGCCUAUUCACAGUCACGGUAGACAAUGCAUCCUCCAAUGACAAGCUAAUUGAAUACUUGAAGGGUGUGUGCGAAGAUUGGAAUGGAGUUGUGUUAAAGAACAAAUUUCUUCAUGUGAGGUGCUGCGCCCAUAUAGUCAACUUAGUCGUGAAGAGUGGACUGGAAGAACAUAAUCACUCUAUCGAGAAGAUAAGAACUGCAGUUAAAUUUGUGAGGUCUUCAUCAUCAAGAAUGAAAAUCUUCAAGAAAUGUGCAGAAUUAGAGAAAAUAUCCAGCAGAAGUCUUUUGAACUUGGAUUUGGAGACAAGAUGGAAUGCUAAUUAUUUAAUGUUGGAGAAUGCCGAAAAGUUUGAGAAAGCUUUUGCAAGAUUGGAAAAAAUGUGCAAGCCAUUCAAAAAAUACUUCCCAGACAGAGAUCCUCCCAGUCCAGGUGAUUGGCAAACUGCAAGGCGAAUUCUGUGUUUCCUGAAACUAUUUGAAAAGGUCACAGCUCGUCUCUUAGCCUCUUUACAUGUAACUUCAAGCAUUGUUUUCCAUGACAUAAUGUUGAUGCGUGCAAAAUUACUUGAGAUUACUGGAGGUGAAGGUCCAACAAUAUCUUCAAUGGCAUAUCUCAUGAAAAGAAAAUUUGACAAGUACCGGAAACAAGAAGGCAAUCUGAACUACUUAUUGUUUAUUGCUGUCAUUUUGGAUCCCAGAUACAAGCUUCAAUAUUUAGGAUUUUGCUUAGAGCUUAUGUACGGACCAGAUGAAGGCAAGGAACUAGCUGAGAAAAUUGAAUCAGCUCUUAAUGAAUUGUUUGGUUACUAUGUUGAAUUAGUUAACGCCUCUUCUUCUAGAAAUAGAGGUUCAAAUCAAUAUCCAGUUCACAUCAAUGUAGAUGAGGAGGAUGAAGAGAAUCCAUGGGAUAUGUUAGCUUCUCAAUUUGAGCGACACAUGGAGGAGGUUGAGAGCGAACCAAAUGAUUCAGAGUUGACAAGGUAUCUAGCUGAUAAGCGGGAGAAGAGAACUAAAGAAUUUGAAAUUUUAUAUUAUUGGAAAGUGAGCCCCAAUAAGUAUCCUAUACUCUCCCUUUUGGCAAAGGAUGUGCUUGAUGUUCCGGCUUCCACGGUUCCUUCGGAGUCAGCUUUUAGCACGAGUGGACGUAUUAUAGAUCCUCUUCGCUGCAGUUUAUCAACUAGCACGGUUGAAGCUUUGAUUUGCUCGCAAAGUUGGCUACAGACAUCCUCUCAAAGUACAGUGAGUGCAAGAGAGGUCGCUGAAGAGAUUCAAACCUAUGAGGAGAUUAGAGAAGAAUUUCUUUCGAAGGACUGCAUAGAUAACCAAGAGAUUGAUUUCACUGAGCUUGAAGGAUAGCGAUUUCUAACAAGGCGUGUAUUGUGUUUCUCACAGGGUAAGAUUUGACUAGGUUGGAAGCAUAGCGUUUUCAUGCAACUAUGGAAAAAAAGUUAAUGGUUCUGCUGGUCCAAACUCCAUGGGCUACCGCAACUGGCCUCAUUGUUUAUCAAUUUGAUUUUUUUUCUUGGAGCUUAUAUAUGUUAAUUGAUCAAUUAUUUUUCUUUUUAUUAUUUCUUGUUCAAUCCAUGUUAGUGUAUUGCUGCAGCUGUAAAGCGACUGACCAAGUAUUCCUGCAGAGACAUGGCACUCGAAUAGUCUGAUGUUAUGCUUUCA